AACACGGGUGAAAUGAGUGCAGAGUGCAGAGGCGUGUUGGCGACCCAUUUGGAGAGCGCCAACUGCAGUUCUGAUUAUUCCGUAUAAAUAGGCCAGUCGAGAGUGCAAUUCUAUGUCAAAUCGUUGCAAACCAUCAACAAAACAAAAUGUUCAAGCUGUGCGUCUUCGUUGCUCUCCUUAGCCUGGCUGCUGCUGCCCCAGCUCCCGCUCCUGCUCCUGGACUUAUUGCCCCUGGCCUGGUUGCACCUGGAAUCUGGGGACCCACCGUCGUCGGACCUCAUCUGGUUGCUCCCCAGGUUGUGAGCGUGGUGCCAGGUGCCAUUUCCCAUGCAGCCAUCACCCAGGUGCAUCCUUCUCCUCUGCUGAUCAAGAGCGUCCAUGGCCUGGGACCCGUUGUGAUCGGUUAAUUGGAGAUCCAACCACCCACAUGUCUCACCCACACGCCAGCCAAUCAGCUCCUGUUCUACCAUAACAUUUCCUGCGGAUUACUUCAACCACAAGUCCUGUGCCCUGUUUAUAAUGCCAGCCAAUUCAGCAAUGAGAAGAAAAAAUCACAAAAAAAUGUUUAGACACUAAAAUACAUUUCAAGCAAUAAAUACCUACCAUACUUGUUAUAGCGAGCGAAAAGGAU